AUGAGGGCAUCCCAGAGCAGACAGAAAUCUUAUGCUGAUCAGAGGAGGAGACCUUUGGAGUUUGCGGUUGGAGAUCACGUUUUCCUGAGGAUUACCCCAACCACUGGCGUAGGGAAGGCUAUUCGCUCAAGGAAGUUAUCCCCUAAGUUUAUCGGUCCAUAUCAGAUCCUGAGGAAGAUUGGGCCAGUGGCUUAUGAGAUCGCUCUACCUCCUCAGCUAUCUAACCUUCACUCUGUAUUCCAUGUCUCUCAGCUUAGGAAAUAUGUAUCCGAUCCUUCUCAUGUGCUAGAGUUUGAAGAUCUGCAAAUUAGAGGAGAUCUCUCAGUGGAGGUUCAACCGGUUAGUAUUUGUGAUAGACAGACUAGACAACGCAAGGGGAAGUUGGUCAGCCUAGUUCGGGUCAUCUGGGAUAGGAGAACAGGGGAUUCUACAUGGGAACUAGAAAAGGAAGUGAGGAAAUCGUACCCACACCUGUUUCCUGCAACAUCACCUGAGAUCACCAUAGAACCUCCUCCCCAAGCUGUUCGAUCCGUCCUUACGCUUAGCUUACCCUUCUUGUUGUGUGUCUGCUUUUGCAUAUUACCCCUUUGCAAUGAUCACCUAUGUUUGGUGGGAGCAGAACUGAAACCUGAUGGAGACGCUUCCUCAUGA